CUCAGCACCAGAAAUGCACAACGCACUGAAAAGGAGAGGCCACAACCAUCACUGGAGAACAUGCUCGCUGUCAACAAGGAGUUUUUCCUUGCGCUGGUCCUCCUGGCCGCCGUCCUGGCAGAGGGAACAAUCAGAGACUCAGGCUUCCUUCGUUUGAAGCGGAUGGUUGGUGGGACGUUGGCCCCUCAGGUUCCCUGGCAAGCCAUGGUCUACCUGUCUGACAGCGUGUUGGAUGGCGGGUAUGCAGGCGGCGCUCUCAUCUCCGACCGCUGGGUGUUGACGGCUGGAAGGAACCUCUUUAUUAGAAAGAGUCGACAGGACACUCAGGGAAAAGAUCCUGUCAUCCCAAAAGUAUAUUUAGGAAUCUCACAAAAGGCAGAAGCCGACGCCUCCAAAGAAGUCGCUGUAGACAAGGUUUUUCUUCAUCCAGGCUUCCAGAAUCAGACUGACUGGGACAACGAUCUGGCUCUGAUCAGACUUAAAGAGUCUGUAAUCAUGACUGAUAAGAUCACUGCAAUCCCCCUCCCAGAGAGAGGCCAGGACCUGGACACUGUUGUGGGCGGGUCAGGGGUCAUCGCUGGCUGGGGCUGGGGGAUCCACCUCACCCCUGCUACAUCUCUCAAAUACCUCGUUCUCCCUCUGGCUAAUUACUCCGACUGCAAAGCAGAAUACGACCUUACCACACACACCCCCAGUCUGGAUGACAACAUGUUCUGCACCAGACCCACAGAGCUUGAGGAAAACAUUUGUUUUGGUGACGCGGGAGGCGCUCUGGCUGUCAGAGAUGCUCAGUCUGGGGACGUGUACGCUGCGGGGAUCCUCUCCUACGACAAAUCCUGCAGCCGAAACAACUACGGCGUCUACAUGAAGAUUUCUUCGUAUUUACCUUGGAUCCACAGAGUCAUUAGAGGAGAUACAGAGAAGUCGUCUGCUCUGCGCUCUGAUGUAAUGGCUAAAAUGUACCGAUAGCAGCCACAGAGCUUCAGGCUCUCUUGUUUUGAUAGAUGUUUCGCGAGAGAAAUCAUUGCAAUGUAUUGUGUCAGUAAAUGGCUUUAAUUCAUGUCUGUAGAUUAAAUGUUGUGACAAGUGAAAACAUUGGAUUUGAUUUAUAGUCUUGUCACAAACCCACAGAGUGGUAAAUAGGCCACACUAAUAAUGAUUUUUUUGGCCUUAUUUCUAAGUUAGUUUUUAUUUGACAUAUUUCUGAAGUGAAUUUCAGAAAGGGGUAUACAUUGAAAUAUGUAAAUUUACAAAGGCUACAGAAAUAACAAGCAUAAAUCCA